GCAAAAUUAUUGUAAGGGAAAAUGGAGGAGAUCCGUGAGGUUGCUAAAGCUUAUUACGUAAACUUGACAGAGCAGCAACAGGAGAAAGCCCAAGAUGAUUUCAGAAAGAUGAAGUUGGAAAACAAUAAGAGCAUGAGCCUAACUGAUUUCUUGGAUUUCUCCAUGCAAGAAAAUUAUCCAGAAAGUGUUGCUUGUUCUUUGUUCAAGGAUCUAGACGUAAAUGGUGAUGGCAGCCUGGAUUUCGACGAGUUUAUCAUCUUGUUCUAUCUGUAUCAAAGCAAGAGGCUACUGUAUUGUCGUGGCUGCGAAACGUUUCUUAAUGGAGUGUAUUUCACUUGCAUCAAAUGCUUUGAUUCUUCUAGUAAUAGCUAUGACCUCUGCUCCUUAUGUUACCGGAACAAAAGGAUUCAACACCAUCAUGCAGUCUUCUUGGACAACUACGCUUUACUCCGCCGGAACAUCAAACGCUCAUCGGAAACAGCAGUAGACCCAGUUCAGGUCAAAAACAAUGAAAAUGAAGGUCAAUAUGUCUCUGAAUUAUCGGAUCAUCAGGAAAACAUUGCAACUCAUGAAGCAGAUUUAGAUGACUUUAAUUACAAGGAAAAUGAAGAAGUCGCAAAUGCAUCUAACCAGCUGGAAAAAAUUGCAAAUCGAAAAGUUGCAAACAUACCUCGCCGGAAACGUGAUCGAAUCGGCAAAUUCUUUGCAAGACAAGCUGCAAACAUGACAUCAAAAGUAGUAGGCGACGUCUCAAAGGCUCCUGACAGUACCGAAAAUUGCAGUGUCAUGUGAUGGUUAAUUAUCACGUAAAACAGAUCUGGCAAUUGCUUUAAAUUAAAGUAGAAGUUAAUUAUAAGUUGUGAAAUGUUAUUCUAUGUUCAGUACUGAUCAUUUGUAGCAUUAUUAAUGUGUGCAUGCAUGUGUAUAAAUUGACUAUAUGCCAUAUUGUAUCAUAGUACGCAUGCAUUAGUCUAGCUAGAUAUUGUAUCAUAUUAUUAUGCCUUCAUUGUCUAUAAAUAAAUAGCAUCUUGAAUUUUAUAAA